AUGUCUCCUGACUGUAAAGAGAGCCCUGAAUGUGUGGAGAGUCCUGGCAGUGUAGAGAGCCCUAGCAGUGCAGAGAGCCCUAGCAGAGUGGAGAGCCCUAGCAGUGUAGAGAGCCCUAGCAGUGUAGAGAGCCCUAGCAGUGCAGAGAGCCCUAGCAGAGUGGAGAGUCCUAGCAGUGUAGAGAGCCCUAGCAGUGUAGAGAGCCCUAGCAGUGCAGAGAGCCCUAGCAGAGUGGAGAGCCCUGAAUGUGUGGAGAGCCCUAGCAGUGUAGAGAGCCCUAGCAGCGUAGAGAGCCUUCUAACCCCAAAUGUAAUAAGCAUAUAG